AUGGCCGCAGAAACCAGCUAUGGCUCGUUUGAUCGUGUCACCUUAAAAGGAACCAAUGUUGGAGCUGCAAUGACCAUUCGCCAUGGAGUUCCUACAGGUGAGCCACAAGAUAGUUGCUGCAUUAACAUUUAUGUAAACAACAAUGUUCAAGGGGUCAACAAUUCCAUACUGCUUGGUAGUGAGGUAAAGAUGAGAGAUCCUGGUGUUAGCAUAUUUUUGGAAGACUUGAACUUGGGCAAAAAAUGGAUGGAAUCAAACAAGCUGAAGAAGAAGAAGAAGAAGAAGAAAACAAAGAAAGAGGACACUGCAUUGGGCACUCAGCUAGGGCUUUCUAGCAUAUUUACUGCAUUAUUUGUCUUAUUACUGCUUUUAUUUCUAUCAUUUUCUUAA